AUGAAUAGCACAAAAGUCCUGCAGGAACCAUGGCAGUUCAUGGGACUGGAGCAAUCUCAGGCGCCCGACCUGCUCUCCGAAGAAGAAUACUUCGCUGAGACCUCCGAUGACGUCUCCACCGCCCAAUUCCAAAUUCCAAAAAUCUACUGCAGCACUAAGGACAAGAAGUUUGAUCUUUUCGACAAGUUCAGCUAUGCGCAGCUAAUCGAGUUUUUGGUGAGGUCGAGAAUAGCUCAAUGCCAUAGGGCUGACAAGUCCCCGGGGCGGGUCCCGAAACAGGGCAAGCGGGACAGGGGGGUCUUCUACGAGUGGCUCAAGGCUCACGUCGACUUGCACAGCAAACAGUGUAACGACUUCAUCACCGAGAACGAGAACUCUUUACUCAGGCUGAAAAACAAGCGCCAGCUUCUCAUGUUCUUGAACCGGAGAUUUGAAAAGACUCACCACUUGCGAAAUGACGCAUCCAAAUACACAGACCGCGUAAGCAUCUUUAGAUCUUUGGUGAAGGGCAGCACUUCGACUAACGCUAACCCAGUGGUACUUCCCGUGCUCCUCUUCUCAAUGCUACUUACCUUCGUCUUUGUCUUGAUGUUGUUUACACUUUUUUUCAAAACCAACACAUUCGAGCGGCUCUUCUACUCGUAUCCUCCGUAUAUGCAUCUCAUAAAGACCUCAAAAACAUUUUUGUUGGCGAUGUCUGUCCGGAACAGCAAAACAAUUGCUGCAGAACGUGCAGUGAUCCGGAAAGAAAGUGCUAAAAUAAGGUCUUCGUUUAGAGACAUUCAUCUGGACAACGACAAAAGAAAAAGAAACAUUCAAAAACUUUUAUAUUUGUACAUUCUAGGGGAGCCAACGUACUUCGGACAAGUCGAAUGUUUGAAAUUGCUAGCGUCUCCACGUUUUACCGACAAAAGAGUCGGUUACAUGGCCACCAUGUUGAUAUUGGACGAAUCCCAGGAUAUCCUCACACUUCUUACCAACUCAUUGGACAUCGAUAUGAAGUCAUCAAAUCAAUUCAUUGUCGGGUUGGCUCUAUGUACACUUGGUAACAUUGCUUCCCCUGAAUUGGCAAAAGACUUGUAUCCUGACGUCGAGAAACUAUUAACAUCUCAACAGUCUUACAUCAAGAAAAAAGCUGCACUAGUUGCUGCCAAAUUGGUCGAAAAAGAUCCCAUGCUAACUGAGGUUUAUUUGCCUUAUAUCAGUGACCUACUCAAUGAGAAAUCACACGGUGUAUUAUUGGGUACUUGUUGUUUAAUUGAUUCUAUUUAUUACCAUGAUGAAACAAGUCGUCCGCAACUAAAGCAGUUGGUUCCUAAAUUACUUGCACAAAUCAAACUAUUGACAACAACUGGAUAUUCUCCCGAAUAUAGUGUCAAGGGAAUUUCGGACCCGUUUUUGACUGUUUCUUUAAUGAAGUCAUUGAGGACUAUUCUUCAGCAUGACAAUGAUUCCCAGUAUUUAGAAUCACUCAAUGACUUAUUGACUCAAGUUUGCGCAAAUUUCGAGAACACAAAAGGUGCAGGGUGUGCGAUAUUGUAUGAGACGGUGAAAACUAUCUUUGCUGUUGAUUCAGAUUCCUCACUAAAGGUUUUAGGUAUCAACAUUUUGAGUAAGUUUUUGAUUCAAAAGGACAACAAUAUAAGAUAUGUUGCAUUGGAUACCCUUUUACAGGUGAUUGAGUUUGAACCAUUAGCUGUGCAAAGACACAGAGCAACAAUCGUUGGCUGUUUGCACGAUGGUGAUAUAUCCAUUCGUCGUAGAGCUUUAGAAUUGACAUUUGGCAUCAUGAAUCAGCAAAACAUCAAACUCUUAACGAAGGAGUUAUUGAAGUACUUGACGAAUGAAGAAGAUGAAGAAUUAAAGACCUACAUAACAACCCAACUAUCCAUAUCAUGUGAAAAAUACAAUGCUAAUUUAGAGUGGACCUUAGAAACGAUGAUUUCAAUGUUGAACACAGCAGGUAAUUAUUGUAAUGACACCAUUCUAUCUUCCAUUCUAGCUAUGAUUAUGCAGGUUGGAAAUAAAAGCCUAACUAAGAAAAUCCUAACUGAUAUGAUCACCACCUUGAAGGCGGGGCUAUAUGAUCAGUAUGGAUUAUCUUUAGUCACAGUCUGGUGUCUUGGAGAAUACGCAGAUUUGGUGAUUGCAAAUAUUGACAAAGAGAUAACAGAGGAAUCGAUUGUCGAGUUGAUUAAUUCUGUUCUUGCAGUUGCCAAUUAUUCUACGGAACAGCAGAAAAUUCAAAUCAAAAUUUACGUUUUGACCUCAUGUUUGAAAUUAUCUACCAAAAUUCAAAAGCCAAGUUUAAUUGAGAAACUCAGACAGAUAAUCAAUCGAUCCACAACUGACAUGAAUCUUGAGAUUCAAUCACGUGCCAUUGAGUAUGCGAAGAUUUUCAGUGAACCUAUAUCUAUUAAGAGGGGAUUGUUAGAAAGAAUGCCGGCUCCUAGCAUUAGAAAGCAUGAGAGCCUGUCUCUAUUGAAUAGAUCACACAACCUGGUGUCCGGUAAUGGUGCAGGUGAUGGAAGCUCUAAAACAGGUGACAUUCUAUUAGAUUUACUGGGAGACGAUUUUGCUAGUAGUAACAAUGCUGGCGGCAAUGUGAAGAAAGAGAAAGAGUCUGCGAUUGACCUUCUCUCUGAUAUUUUCGGAGGUUCCUCUAUAACCAACAAUGCUGCAAAUCCUGCUGAGCAGAAAAAUGGUAACAUAUUGGGAUUGUUCAACAGUCAAGCUGCUGGUAACACCACUGGUGGUUUCAAUGGUACGACUAUUGCUGAUAGCCCUAGCUUAGCAAGCUUUACUGCGAAAAUUGCCGAGCCUGAGUCAAUCGAGGGCUUCAACGAUGGUAUGAUCAAAGUUGGGUUUGUGGAAAAGAGCGUUGGGAACGGGGCUGCCAAUUUGGAGGCGAUAGUGAAAAACGUAAGCACAACCGGUGCAUCUAUCAGCGGGAUAUCUGUUUUGUGCGCUGUGCCAAAGCACCAAAAGUUGCAGCUAUCUUCCAUCUCGAAGACGGUUCUUGCUACGCAGGAUUUUACAGUACUGGACGUAAAGAUUACUGGAAACCCAGGCUCAAAGGUGAAGAUCCGUGUGAAGCUCAGUUACGUUGCCAACGGAUCCAAGGUGGACAGGCAGUUUGACUUUGCUGGCCAAUCAGACUCAGCAAUGGAUUUCAAAAACAUUCAAGUUCAAGCACAACAAUACUUGACCAAGAUCGAUGCAGAUGUGAAACUAACAUUGGCGGUCAAUGACCAUAAACCUCGUUCUCCACAGAGCACCAAGCACGUCUCCGUCUUGGACACCUUUGAGGCUCAAACCAAGCUGCCAAGAUCCUACGCGGUCUUGGGUGCCGGCGCCCUCUACUUCUUGAUGGUCUUCUUAAACUUUGGCGGGAUUGGCCAAUUGUUGAGCAACCUCGCCGGGUUUGCUCUUCCAGGCUACCUCUCCUUGAAGGCGUUGAAGACCAGAACCAGCACCGACGACACCAAGUUGUUGACCUACUGGGUUGUGUUUGCCGCCUUGCAAAUCGUUGAGUUCUGGUCCAAGACCAUUCUCUACUGGAUCCCAGCAUACUUCUUGUUCAAGACUUUGUUCUUGCUCUACAUCGCUUUGCCAAGCACCAACGGUGCCGAGUUGAUCUACAAGAGCGUUCUUGCCCCAUUGACCGACAGAUUUGUCGUUGCCGACGGUCCAGCCGCCGACUUGAUGGACAAGGUUGGAGAGAAGGUCGAGUAA